AUGGAGACUGAAUCCGAGUUGAAGCGCCUGGCUCACUGCGAGUACUGGGACGAGCGGUACGCCCGAGCUGGCCCCGACGAGCAGGUCCAUGAAUGGUUCAGAUCGUUCGAUGAUCUUGUCCCAGUCUUUGACCGUCAUGUUUUCCGUCUCCGGGAACCCAAGACGGCGCCAAAGAUCCUCCAUCUAGGUUCGGGGGAUAGCACUAUACCGGCAGACUUGUCCAAAUGCGGCUACAAGAACCAACUCUGUGUGGAUUUCUCGGCGUUCGUUGUAGAACUGAUGUCUAAGCGGCAUGAAGAUGUUGGAGGCAUUACCUGGAUCCAUGCCGACGUCCGGCAAAUGGAUCAGAUUGCGUCCACAUCCAUCGAUGUCGCUUUUGACAAGGGAACGCUAGACGCCAUGAUUCACGGGAGCCCGUGGAGCCCGCCUGACGACGUUCUAGAUAACACCAGUCGGUAUAUUCGCGAGGUUUUCCGCGUCUUGAAAUCCGAUGCUACGUUUAUCUACAUCACGUACAGACAACCACACUUUAUCAAACCCAUCCUCAACUGUAAGGGAGUCGAGUGGGAUAUUGAGGUGGAUGUACUGGGUGGUUCUGGGAGCUCCUUUGACUACCAUGCGUUUGUGCUGAAGAAGGCUACUGCGUCGUCAGUGGAGUCAUCGCAAGCCGAAGUCGACAAUGGAAGCUCUGGCUCACCAUUUGCCUCUUGCUUGCCGGUCGGCGAAUCAUUAUCGCCAGGGAACAAAGCUGAGGUGGAACAAGAGGCUGGUUGA